AUGGGGAAGAAACAAUCAAAGGAUCAGUCCAUGGAGGCUCCUCCUGAACCAGACAAUCGCGUUGUCCUUACAAGAGGAUUCGGUCCCAAAUACCAAGAAGCAGCUGCUAAGUGGCAUGAACUGCGAACAAAACCAUUAGAGCAACAAAUGCCUCGCCCAAUCCAUAGUUCUGGCUACUGGAGAGAUCUCCCACAAAUGCAGAGUUGGUUUGCAUGGAUUAAGUAGAGUUAAUAAUCCCACUGGAAUAAUUUUGGUUUUUUCUAAUUUUGAAUAUUUUUUGUCAUAGUUUUUUCCCCUCCGGGUUAUGAUACUAAAAUCAUUAAAGCAAUUUUUCUUGAUUUUUAAUUUAAAGGCCAAUUAAAAAGACCGAAAUUUACCUCAGCAGGAUAAAUUCAGCUUGACCCAUUUGUAUGGGGUAUGAUAUGGUUUCAAGUGUUCCGCAAGCUUCCAUUCACAAAUCCAAUGGUUAGAGUGAUGUUCUUUGUAAUAGGUUUAGACUGUUGGAGAGCAAGACAAGACUACUGGACCAUUCUGAUGCUAAAAAUAAAAACCCUAUUUGGUAUGCCUUGCCACAAAGUCAUAAAAAUAUUUUUUUAAAAAAUAAUUAUUUUUAUAUUAAAAAUACUUAUUGCAAUUUUAGUAUUUUCCAUAUAAAAUUAGCCUAUUUUUCAAUCGUAAUAGUUACUUUAUAUUAAAUCAAAUAAUAUAAUUACACCAAUACGUUUUUUGUUCUUCCCAAUUCUGAGCCAGGACGACUUAAAUGAGAUCAGACAAUUCGAUUUGAUGUAUCAUUACUUGUUUAAGAGAAGACCUGCAAGAAUGCCAAACUACACUGACGAAUGGGAAGAUUGGUAUGAAAUGAAUAAGCCAGCUUAUAGAGUUCCAGUCCCACACGAAUACUCAUUAGACAGCUGGAUGAGAUUCUUCGCCUUGAACCGCAAGAAGUACGGUCUCAGAGACACUCAAUGGCAUGGUGAAUGGGAGCAAGAAAUGUGCUUGAAUAUGGAUUUGCACGCUCCUCAUGCCGAUCACUGGUUAGAAGUUCAUUAA